GGCGGCUGGGCGGGCUGCCUCCUCAGGGGUGGAGCGCGUCGCCAGGAAAUGUGUAAGGAAAAGUUGUUAAAAUGUUCCCUCGCGCAGUUUACCAGCCAUACAUAACAGCUACACCGCUUAGGAGUCGCUUGUCCACACUUUGUUUCAUUAUGGGCUUUCUCAAAGGGUCUGAGUUGCAGCCCACUGGAUUUCCGUGAGGUGGCUAAGGUUGUGUGGGAGAAACACAGGUGAAGAUGCAGGGGGCCCUUGCACGAGUGUGCAUGGUGGUGGCCGCUGCCAUACUGAACCAUCCUCUGCUCUUUCCUCAAGAAAACUCGACACUCCCAGAGCAGGAUGAGGAGCUGAUAGCUCGCAUGCGGGAGCAUGAGGAGAGACUGGAAAUGGAGCAGGCAAGGUUGGAGAAGGAGCUUUCACAGCUGGAGUCUGAGCAAGAAGAAACCAGCUCAGAGGAUGGUUAUAGAUGGUACUUCUGGAGCGCCUUCUCUCUGGUCAUAUUCUUCACCAUCGAGGUGUGCAGAGUGGAUCUUGCUGACAUUUACAGCCGGCAAGAUGAGGAUGAGGACAUGUUUUCAGAGAGCGGAUCCAUCAGCCCAAGGACAUUGGUAUUAGACAAAGACAUCCUGAGCAACUUUUGCGACAGAUGCAUCUACACUUCAACCCAUGAAAACUGGAGAGUGAGGGAGUUUGUGGAGGGUUUUGCUGAUGACCUGCUGGAAGCACUGAGGAGUGUGUGUGACAGGGAUGCAGACAUGGAGGUGGGGGACUUUGUGGGGGUUGGAAGCAUGUUUGAGUCAUGGAAGGUGAACAAGCCUCUGAUGUGUGACCUUAUUGUGCCUUUCUCUCCCCCGGAGCCAUAUUCCUUCCAGUUCCAGCUAUGGUGCAGUCCCUCCAGUGACAUGCCUCUGGACAUGCAGGGCUGUGGUACGAUCACAGUGGCCAGGUUUGGGGAAACUGAAGAGAACUGUCUCUGUGGCUCUGCCAACCUAGGAGAGGACAUGCUUUGUCUCUUGCACUGUAAAAACGACAGGCUCAGAGUGGACCUCAGUCCCGAUGAGCUGCUGUGCUCCAAAAACACACCUUACUUAGCCAAAGAUCAAGUCAUGAAGUGGUUUCAGAUCUCUGUAACCAAAGCAUGGGGUCGCAUCUCUCACAAGUAUGAGUUUGAGGUCACUUUUCGUAACCUGGAUGCAGCUGGUGCUCUGAAGAUCAGAUUCCGCACAGGGAAAGUCAUUGUAUUGAACAUCAUCCCUGUGGUUCAGCUGGGGGAUACAGAUGCUUACUUUGUCUCGCACUUUCCCUCAGAUUGUGACAGCUGCCCAGACCCGUGUUGGCCCCUUUCCUUUGCCGUCUACGAGAGGAACUUGCUCAAACAUGUGGCUAAAAGCCUGCCGGAUAAAUCCUGCCAUUUACACUGCCUUCAGAUUAUUACUUUCCUACACAAAAAACAGACAGGGCUCACAGGACAGAGCGGACUGACUAACUACCACUUAAAGACUGCUCUGUUGCACCUACUAAUAAGUAAAAGCCCUUCUAGUUGGGGCAUUGAGAGUAUGGAGCACAGGCUGCGGGAUGUGUUUGGCUUCCUGCAGAGGAGCCUCCAGGAGAAGAGACUUUAUCAUGUUCUGAUUGGGAAUAGUCAAGUGCCAGAAGAGAUCAAGCUUCCUGAGAUAUUUUGCAUGUCAGAACCCAUCAAUCUGUUCCGGCCUUUGGUGUUGCAGAGGGAGCUUCAUGCAGACACGGUCAGACAUUUCCAGGAGAUGUCCAAGAAUGCACCUGUGCUUAUACAGGAGUACACACCUCUCUUAUUAAACGGAAGUAUCCACCACCGUCUAGACGAACGUUUGUGAGAGCAAUGGCCAUGUUUGUUAUCUGAACAAUGGCCCACUUUUGCAUCACUGAAAUGGAAACCUCAGUAGCUUGCAGUUUUUCAAAUGUCUUUCAACAUAUCAUCUAAUUAGACGCAACUGUUACAGCUAAUUGCACAACAUACUCAAGCACUGAUUCAAAGAUGUACAUAGCCUAGAGUUAUUUUUUUUUAUAUAUGUGAUUUCUGUUAAGAUGUAUAGUGGUGUUGCUGCAGCAGCUUUAUGAAGUCUCGUAAUCAGUGCUCUGACAAACUUCAGCCUUGUGUUUUCCAAGAAAUGUAUUGUACUGGUUACAUUAUCAAAAUUGGAAGCACUAUUGUAUUAC